AUGGGAGAGGACAUCUUAUACCAGGCGGAAAAUGAUGGCGAGCCAAUGUUUGGGAUGCUGAGCCAGAACUUCCCUGAGGCAGCCAAUGGACCGGUUGUUGGAACUGAGGAGAUUGUGUUCAACCCAGCCAAGGCCUUCCCCGCGUCCCUUGAGCUGCUGAUUGAGAAGGGCCUUCUGAGGGACACAGGCAGGCGGGUGGACCAGGGCUUCUACAGGGGGCUCCCAGUUGUGACGGUGCAGUUUUGA